AUAUACUGAUGAUUUUGUUAUCACACUGAAAUGAAUGCAGUGUAUGUCAAGCAGCCCAAAUAGCACCCCAAGUCAUGACAACAACCGCUCAGUGGCAUACUGAUUUCGAAUUUCGAACAUCUGACGCGUAGCGCGUAGCAGUGCUGCCAGAUUCUGCCGAACAAAUCUAAAAAGUUGCUAAAAGCUAUGUGGAAAUUGCUAAAACUAAUUUAAUCGAAAAUAAGUGUGCGUUUAACCUAAGACCAACAGUGUAUUAAAAUGAAUCCGUACUUUUCAAAACUAAAACUGAUUUGCUACUGAACUGAGUUUGUUAACUCAGCUGCGCGUUACAUUGAAACUUUAAUUUUUUAAAUGAGACGAAGGGGUUCUGGGGUUUCAGUCGCAGCGCUUUGCUGUUCUUGGGUUGCACUAAUGCUAUUAAAACUAAACCAUCUAUCUGCAAUUAUGCAAAAACAAACUAUAUACUUCUUUUUUUUAUAAAUCCACAAUAGCAAUAACAAUGAAUAUAACUAUUUUAAGAUUCUGAGUUACACAACUAUGAGCAGCUCUAUUGUCAGAGACGGCAAUGUACAGCGAAUGGCAAUUUCGAAUAAAUAUCUUAUUAACAAAAGUUAUGAAUUAAAAAAAGUAUAAAAAAAAAUAAGUUUAUCCCAUGAAAUAUUUAUGAAAUGCGUAUAAUAAUAAUUGCUAAACUCUUUUAGUGCUUUUACCUUGUUAAAUACCUGACCGCACCGAAUGCUAGCGCCAUCUGUGAGACAAAUGCGAGAUUAGCCAAUACAACAACCAACAGAAAGCACUCACUUUCUUCACACAGUGAACGGGCUGUAGAGGGUUGUCAUCUUGCAAAAGCAAAUAUUUUCGUAAAUAAUUUUAAGUGUUCAAAAUAUAAUUAUCAAGUAUUAUUAAAUCUGUCACUUAAGAUACUAGUUGUAACUGUUGAUAACGUCUAGAUUAUUCCUACCUGAUAUACAUACACAAUGUGUAUUACACAUAUUGCUAUUUGAUUGCAAUGAACCCUGUUUGUCUAUCAGCCAAUGAGAGUGUCUCAAUCUGUUGCCAAUCCAAAAUGGCCGCAUACUCGACCUGUCACAGAUGCGCUUACAAGCCGUAAGGGUCAAGCACAGCAGUCACUUCUAACGAUGCAACAUCCGAGCGACCAGCCCACCUAUAUGCCCGAUGUACCAUUUCAGCCGCUGUGGAGUCAAGAGGCCCCUCCACCGCCGCCGAUAGUGCCGUAUCAAGAACUUAUAGCUGGAUUCCCUUGUUCUGAUUUGUCACUGUGGCAAAGAUCUCAGGUGACACCUUUAGUUAAUCAACGUCCAAGUACUAAUGGGCGCACAAAUGGGUCUUCUUCGUCUUCCUCCAAGAAAACUCGUCGUCGAGUUGCAUCCAUGGCCCAAAGACGCGCCGCCAACAUUCGAGAACGCCGUCGCAUGUUCAAUUUGAAUGAAGCUUUCGAUAAGCUGCGACGCAAAGUGCCCACAUUCGCAUAUGAGAAACGACUCUCUCGAAUCGAAACUCUUCGUCUGGCAAUAACGUAUAUUGGCUUUAUGACAGAGCUGCUAAGUGGCACGCCUUCCAACUCCCACAAAUCACGUUCGGAAAUCUACGGUGGAAUGAACGGACAUCAUCAUCCUUCGAAUGUUGCUCCAGGGCCUCCAAUGCAUCCACAUCAUCUACAUCCUUCGGCUUAUCAGCGUGACUUUGCCUCGCCUUACAACCACAGCCUAACCUAGAGCUUCCCAAG